GUUGUCGAUGAAUCGAGCGAGCAGCAGGCAGCUGCAAAAACAAGCAGCGCUGCGACUACCACCGUCGCCGAACCCACUAGAGGCUUCUGCAGCGGUGGUCUUAUUGUCAACGCCGAGCUGGCACGCUUUAUCCAGGAACAGGCCAGUCAGGUUGCCGCUCGCCAGAGUAGCCAGCUGACGUCCUCAGUGGCGCCCUUCCCCACAGACAGGUCCUCCGUCAACGCAGGUCAACGAUCAGAUGGUAGUACUUCCGCCGCCGCCACCUCUUCCUCCUCGCACCUCUCCUCACGGUCCCUGUUCCGCAAAAACCUACCGCCCCGUUUCCUUCGACGUCUACACGCUGAACAGCAGGAGAGGGAGAUGAAGGAGAACUCUGUGAGCAAGCUUAAAGGCCUCUUUCGACAGUUUAGUUGUGAAGUUGGGUGGAGUGUGCUGGAACGAAUUAAUUCCCCGCCUAACUUUUAUAGCUGUCGGGUUUGCUGUCUUCGUUCUCACUUAAAUACGCAAGCGCUAAUACCGCACGACGGUGGUCGGACCUCCUCCUGCUCCAAUUCUUUUUCUUCCUUCUAUUCAUACUUUUCUUUCGCAUACUGCUCCUUCCUCUUCUUCCUCCCCCUCCCCCUCAACCGCCACCGUCUCCACCUCUUCUUCCUCUUCCUACUCCUCCUUCUCCUCCUCCUCCUCCUCCUCCAUCUCCUCCUCCUCCUAUUCAUAAUUCUCUUCCUUCUUCCUCCUCUUCCUCGUCCUCGUUUUAUUUCUCCCUCCUACUCCCUCUUCCCCUUUAUCCUCUUCCUUCCUCUUCCUCCACCUCUUCCUCCUCUACUCCCCUCCCUACCAUUUCUCAUCCUACACCUCCAUCGUUAA